AUGACUCGACAAGCUUCAUGUUCCGACGGGGGUACGGCGCCACACAUUGCUGCUAUCGCAGAAAUAGUACGUGUUUCAGGAGACGAUAGUGAUGAUGACGAAGAAGAGGGUGUGCACCUGCAUCCUAAUGAAGUCAUGGACGAUGCUACCUUCUCUUCUUCAGGCUCCGAAGAAGAUAGCGAAGAUGACAACAUUACUUUGAGCGAACUGAAAUGGAAGAAGCAGCUAAACAUAUUUUUCUUUUAUUUCCAGGUUGUUAUAGUAGCCUCAUUGGCCGUGGUGGCCUUUGCCAGCGAGGAGAAAGGCGCACCAAAGAAAGCGGCUGCCGAAGACAAGAAGCAAGAGAAGCGAGGCAUUUACGAAACAGGCCAUUACGGUGGUGGCUUCGGCGGCGGCGAUGAGGGGCACAGUUUCGGGGGUCAUGAGGAAAUUAGUUUCGGUGGUGGUGGAGGAGACUUUGGUGGUCACGAGGGCCUGAGUGGCGGACAUGGCGGCGGUGACAUUGGUGGCGGAUUCGGAGGCGGACAUGGCGGCGGUGACAUUGGAGGCGGAUACGGUGGCGGAUAUGGAGGCGGAUAUGGAGGAGGACAUGGAGGCGGAUUCGGAGGCGGAUCUGGAGGCGGAUAUGGAGGAGGACAUGGAGGCGGAUUCGGAGGCGGAUCUGGAGGCGGAUACGGAGGCGGAUAUGGUGGCGGAUACGGCGGUGGCGAAUGGAAGCCUAUCGAGUCCCACGGUCAUGUUAAACAUGUUGAGAUCGUCAAAAAGGUUCCCGUUCCUUACACUGUCGAGAAACAUGUUCCUUACACCGUUGAAAAGAAAGUGCCUUACGAAGUCAAAGUGCCCGUACCUCAGCCCUACACUGUCGAAAAGAAAGUGCCAGUAACCGUCAAGGAAUACGUUAAGUACCCCGUGUACGUCCCUGAGCCUUACACCGUAGAAAAGAAGGUGCCUUAUGAAGUGAAAGUCCCAGUCGAUAAGCCUUACGAAGUCAAGGUCAAAGUGCCCACUCCUUAUACCGUUGAGAAGAAAAUCCCUUAUGAAGUUAAAGUUCCCUAUCCCCAGCCCUAUACUGUUGAAAAGAAAGUGCCAGUCCCAGUUAAGUACGAAGUCAAAGUGCCCCAGCCUUACGAAGUCAUCAAGAAGGUGCCUUAUGAAGUGAAAGUACCAGUCGACAAGCCCUACAACGUAUACGUGCCUAAACCUUACCCUGUACCGGUUGAGAAGCCUUACCCAGUCACGGUCCACAAACCCGUACCGUACGAAGUUAAAGUACCAGUCGACAAACCCUACAAGGUCGAGGUUGAGAAGCCCUACCCUGUCCACAUUAAGGUGCCGGUACCAAAACCGUAUGAUGUAUACAAGAAGGUUCCUUACACAGUUGAGAGGAAAGUUCCUUUUGAAGUCAAGGUGCCCAUCGAUAAGCCUUACCCUGUAUACAAAGAGGUGCCAGUCCCUCUCGUAAAGGAGGUUCCGUAUCCCGUUAAGGUGCAUGUGCCUUAUAUUAUCAAGAAAGAGCAUGAGCAACAUCACGGUUGGCACUGAAGUGUCUAGUUCGUUAGGUCUCACAUCGUACCUUAUAGGUUUAAGUUGAAAAUGUGAUCAAUUAGUAUUUUAGUGUAUAUAUUUCUGCAAAAUUUGUUGUCUCGGUGCUGUUAAAGGUACUCACAUCGGUGAGUGAUUAGGGCUGGCACGUCCAAUUAAGGUUUUAUCUCCGCAUAGCAUUGCCCACAAUGCGCGGUCAGUCCAGUUGUAUAUAAUAAUUAUCUGUUAUUAUUUUUUUAGCUUUAUAUGCUUUGUUUGUAACUAUGUAACUUGUCAAAGUAAACGAAUACUUUGAGUUGAGGCUGAUUUUAAAUAAAACUGUGUGAAAUGUUUG